UUCUAUUAUAACAAAAAAAUUUUCACCUACACGAUUCCUGAAUCGAAAGCCUGCACCUGAGUUAGUCGACGAUGUUCUGGAACAAAUUUUCUGGAUAUUAUCCGAACCUUCGGAAGAUGAUGGAGUACCUGGACUUCAAGCAUAUACAAACCUUUUUCGAUGUAUGCUAGUGAACAAAAGUUGGUGUGCUUCCGCAGUAACAAUGCUUCAUAGACAUCCUUGGCGACUUCAUCGUCUAUACACGCUACGCACAACCGAUUUGGCCUAUGAUCGAUGUCAAUUAGUGAAAUUAUAUUUGACAAUGUUAGAUCGUGACGAAAGAAAGCCGCUGUUGGAAAAAGGGAUUGAAUUACCAGAGCCAAAUCAUAAUCCAAUGUUUAACUAUCCAGCAUUUGUCAAAUAUUUAGAUUACGGAGUGAUGGUUUCCUCUGUUUGGACUAUUUAUUCCACUAGUUGCUACACAUAUGAUCAAAAUGAAUGGGUUAGUCUUGUAGUUCGCGCAUUACUCCGACUUUUCGCAUACCAUACGAGAAGAUUACAAUGGCUUCGAUGUGCACCAAUGAGUUUUAGCUUUGAUGAAAUGUACUAUUCG